CGCGCUUGCCCGCCGCCAUUUGAACGGAGCGAUGGUGGCGGAAGAGGUGAAGACGUCCCAGGAAUGGCGCUCGUACCUCGUGUGCACCCGCGUCGCCACCUUCUGCAAUUGGCCCUUCACGGAGGGCUGCGCCUGCACCCCCGAGCAGAUGGCGGCGGCGGGUUUCGUGCAUUGCCCCAGCGAGAACGGCCCCGAUGUGGUGCAGUGCUUCUUCUGCUUCAAGGAGCUGGAGGGGUGGGAGCCCGACGAUGAUCCGUUCAAGGAGCACAAAAAGCACUCUCCGCGCUGUGCCUUCAUCUCCCUUCAGAAAGAUGUGUCUAAGCUGACGCUGCAGGAGUUCUUGAAGCUGGAUAGAGAGCGAAUGAAGAACGCAGUGAGAAAAGCAGUUUCUCAGAAGGCGAAUGAUCUUCGAGAUGAAGCCAAGACUGUGCGCUGGUCAAUAAUAAAUUUGGCUUCCUAAGCUCCUGUGGCUUCUCGCUCAUGGGUAACACCUGUGUGAUGUGUGCUCUGGCACUGCUGCUCUGUUCAAUGGCUGUUUCCUGGACUGCUUUCAGAAUGGCUAUCCCUGUCAGGAGCAGACUUCAGCCUAUCUGGGAAGUCUCUGGUAUCUGAUGCACUACACACCUCAUAUUUCUUUUUAAUGCAGGGGUUCUCCUGUCUUUCCUGUUAAGGAUUACUGCUUGUGGCUUUAUUUCUUACUUUCUAUUUUUUAAAUUCAGCUGUUUCUACUUUAGAGAUCCAAAACCUUGUGUUUCUUCCAAGGGUUGGAAGGCACUUCCAUUUCUAUCCUGAAAAUACCAAUGCUUUCAGAUACAUUUGGCAAUAAAGAGUGGAGGGAGUUUUAAAAGUCCUGUGAGGGUUUGGGUUUGUGGCUAAUAAUGUCUAUCAUGCCAAAUCUUAGUGUGCCUGGUACCUUGUGAACCUGUUUGUAGCUAUUUCUGACUCAUGUUGAUGCUUUUAGAAAAUAAAGUUGAAGGUAAAAGAGCAAAGUGAUUUUCACU